UUCUGAUUAGUAGGUGGAUUAAGUUGCGUGCCGUGUUGAGCCGUACGUGACUGACCACGCCCCUCAAGUAGACUUCGGACUUGCGGCCGUAAAUUUCGCACGAAUUUUGCUCUCUUGCCAUAUUUGCUGGUCUCGUCCUCGACUGCCAUGGCUGGCAACCCAUAUGCACAGUACCUGAAGAGCCUGGAGGUGGCGGGCAAGACCUUCAAAUACUUUGACCUUCCUGCCCUCGGAGGAGCCAAAUAUGACGAGUUGCCGUUCAGCGUGAGGGUUCUUCUGGAGUCGGCGGUGCGAAAUUGCGACGAAUUUUCCGUGACCCGGCAAGACGUCGAGUGCGUCCUGAACUGGGCGGACCAGCAGAACGUGGAGCUCAACUUCAAACCGGCCAGAGUCAUCCUCCAGGACUUCACCGGCGUCCCGGCUGUGGUCGACUUUGCGGCGAUGAGGGACGCCGUCGCCAAACUCGGCGGCGACCCCGACAAAAUCAACCCCAUCUGCCCCUCGGACCUUGUCAUCGACCACUCGGUCCAGGUCGACUUUGCCAGAACGGCUGAUUCGUUGCAAAAAAAUCAAGACCUUGAGUUUGAACGCAACAAGGAGCGCUUCCGUUUCUUGAAAUGGGGCGCCACCGCCUUCAGGAAUAUGUUGAUCGUGCCGCCUGGCUCAGGCAUCGUCCACCAAGUCAACUUGGAGUACUUGGCCAGGGUUGUCUUUUCCGACUCUGAAGUUCUGUACCCAGACUCAGUGGUUGGAACCGACUCGCACACCACCAUGAUCAACGGCCUCGGCGUUCUCGGUUGGGGUGCCGGAGGCAUUGAAGCGGAGGCUGUCAUGCUUGGUCAGGCCAUUUCGAUGCUUCUGCCCGAAGUCAUCGGCUACCACGUCAUUGGAAAUCUGGACCAGUACGCCACCUCAACUGAUUUGGUUCUCACAAUCACAAAGCACCUCCGUCAAAUUGGUGUAGUGGGAAAGUUUGUCGAGUUUUUCGGGCCAGGAGUGGCAGCCCUUUCGAUUGCAGACAGAGCCACCAUUUCCAACAUGUGUCCCGAGUACGGCGCCACAGUUGGCUACUUCCCUGUUGACAACGCCACCCUUGCUUACCUCAGACAAACCAACAGAGAUGAACUGAAAAUUGAAGCCAUCGAGGCCUACUUGCGAGCCUCUAAAAUGAUGCGUGACUAUUCCGAUGCUAAGCAAAACCCAAAAUUCACACAGGUUGUGGAAUUGGAUUUGGCCACGGUUGUGCCUUCCGUCAGCGGACCUAAGAGACCCCACGACAGAGUGUCAGUGAGUGACAUGAAGCAAGAUUUCCUCCAAUGUUUGACGAACAAAGUUGGAUUCAAAGGGUUCGGCCUAAACAGCAACAGUUUGGACUCUGUGGGCUCUUUUGAAUAUGAAGGCAAAAACUACAGCCUCAAGCACGGCUCUGUUGUCAUUGCCGCAAUCACCUCAUGCACAAACACCAGCAACCCAUCCGUCAUGCUUGGUGCAGGGCUUCUUGCGAAGAAAGCUGUCGAGGCCGGUUUGGGUGUCGCUCCGUACAUCAAGACCUCGCUGUCUCCGGGCUCAGGUGUCGUGUCCUAUUAUUUGCAAGAGUCCGGAGUCCUGCCCUUCCUCGAGCAGAUGGGCUUCAACAACGUCGGCUACGGAUGCAUGACUUGCAUCGGAAACUCGGGGCCUCUUCCAGACGCAAUCGUCGACGCCAUCGAAAAGAAUGACUUGGUUUGCUGCGGAGUUCUUUCUGGAAACAGGAAUUUCGAGGGGCGCAUCCACCCCAACACCAGGGCCAAUUACUUGGCCUCGCCUCUGCUCGUCAUCGCCUACGCCAUCGCUGGCAGGGUGGACAUCGACUUUGAAUCCGAGCCUCUUGGUCUGAAUGAAAAGGGAGAACCGGUUUUCCUGAAGCAGAUUUGGCCAACCAGAUCCGAAAUCCAGGCUGUCGAGAGCAAACACGUGAUCCCUGCCAUGUUCAAAGAGGUCUACUCGAAGGUCACUCAGGGCUUCAAGGCCUGGCAGGAGCUGGAGGCGCCGGAGGGAAAGCUCUACCCUUGGGACCAGAAUUCCACCUACAUCAAAAGACCGCCUUUCUUCGACAGCAUGACUCUGGACCUGCCAAAACAAUCUGCUCUGGCCGACGCCAGGUGCUUGCUGAAUUUGGGCGACUCGGUCACCACUGACCACAUCUCCCCUGCCGGAAGCAUCGCCCGCAACAGCCCUGCAGCCAGAUACCUUGCAGAAAGAGGGCUAACUCCUCGCGAGUUCAAUUCGUAUGGCUCUCGACGAGGCAACGACGCAGUCAUGGCUCGAGGCACCUUUGCCAAUAUUCGACUGGUCAACAAGUUGGUCGGCAAGCCUGGACCGAAGACUAUUCAUUUCCCAUCGAUGCAAGAACUUGACGUUUACGAUGCUGCCGAGAGAUACACACAGGAAAAUGUGCCUCUGAUUUUGCUGGUUGGAAAGGACUAUGGCUCCGGUUCGUCCAGAGAUUGGGCUGCCAAGGGACCGUAUCUCCAAGGAAUCAAAGCAGUGAUUGCCGAGUCCUUUGAGCGCAUCCACCGAUCCAAUCUUGUUGGCAUGGGCCUUGUACCUUUGGAGUAUCUGCCCGGACAGUCGACUGACUCGCUUGGGUUCGACGGAUCUGAGACUUUCACUCUGCACAUUCCGGACGAUUGCAAGCCUGGCCAGCUCAUCUCCGUCAAAGCCUCCAAUGGAAAGGAGUUCAGCGUGAAGUUGCGCUUUGACACUGAGGUCGAUCUGACCUACUACAGACACGGCGGCAUCCUCAACUUCAUGAUUCGCCAGAUGCUACAAUAAUCACAUACAAAUAAUGCAGGCGUAUAUUUUUGUUACCCCCUGUCUGUGCCAACCAUUUGUUAUUUUCUGUGGCCUUUUAAGAUUUUAUCUGCAUUUGAACGAAAAUAUGUUUACUUUGUGUUUGGUGCUGUUUUUUUGUUAUUUUGGUUAGGAAAUUUUAAAUAAAUCAAUAAAAUGUA